UCACAAUGCCACCGUGGUUAAACAGUGAGAUUGUGGUGAAGCCACUCGGGCCCAUCCCCAACCAAGGCAGUCCACCAACAACGCCUCUGUUUACAACAACGCUGUCCAGCAACUCUAGGAAUGAAACAGUCCCUAUCUAUCAAUCCAAAGACAAGGACCCUGUAGAUGACAUUACAAUUAUUAUUGUGGUUUCCAUCAUCGCGGCACUGCUGAUCAUCACCUUAUGCGUGGCCUUGAUCCUAGUCAGGAAGCGCAAGCAGCGCGGCGACUACCUGGUCAAGAAUGAAGGUGAUGCUGACAUGGAGCUCAAACAGCCCCUGAACCACAACAACCAUUCCUCACCCUACUCCCAGCCCCCCAAGUUCCCCUCCCACACCCUGCCCAGGUCAGGCAACAGAACCAAUCCUAGUUUUGAGAUGACCAACAGCCCUGUACCUGCAGAUCAUUUAGCCAAGCUGGAUGAGUUUAGUAUGAUCACUGCUAUAUUGGGGCCCAGAGCACCAAAAGCUGACACAUUACCUGCAGAUCUCUCUAAAAAGAGAUACAAUCAAGGAAGCUAUCCUCUUAUGGAUGAUGAGAAAGAAUACAUUAGCCCUAUAUUCAAUGCUCGAAAGCAGAGACCAGCUUCAUCUAUCUCAGAGGUACUUGAAGAGCUAGAGAGAAGGCAGUUUCCCUUUCAGAAUGGAUCUCCAGAUGAUAUGAUAAGGAGAAGCCAUGGGGAAGGGGACUUGGAAUGGGAUCCACAAGCUGAUACUACAAGUCCCAUUAGACACGAAGACAUCCUAUUUUUUAAUACCGGUACACCUUUAUUGCCCAUUCCUGAUGAGCUGGAGGAGUCCAGAUUGAGCAGCUUUUCUGGUCACCCAUCCAGCUUUGGUGGUGACAGUUACCAGAAAGCAGACACAUAUGAAGGGUCCAAUUCCCCACCCUGGUCCAGUCACAUGACCAGCGGUGCUGAAUGCAAUGGAGACUCAGGUUACGAGGCCGAGUCCAGACCUGAGGUGACGGAGGACGACAUCACCCCUGAAACGCUGGGCGAUGACGACUACGACACCCACCACCAUAAACUGUUCUCGUUUCACGUUCCAGACAUCCACCCAGACAGCUCACCCAACAUGUCGGAGCUGAGCGCCAGAGAGAGGCUGCUGCGGGAUGGCACCGAGGUGUGACCCAGCCCGCACGACACCGAGGUGUGACCCAGCCCGCACGACUCCGAGGUGUGACCCAGCCCGCACGACUCAAGUAUUAGUAGCUUUAAAUAAUUCCAUGAAGAGUUACAAUUUUAAAGUAUCUGUGUUUGCUUCAAACAUUUCUGGACAUGCUCCGUGAUUGUGGCAAAGGUAUUCAUACUCCCCAUUGCUACCUCUACAAUACGAGUGCAAUGGCUUCUUAGCUUAUUUACAGCAUUUGCACAGACUUACUUUUGGCGAUAUCGGAAUGCUUUCAGCAUUUAAUCUCCAUGAACAAGGACAAUGUGUUAAUAUAAAAUAAUCAAGACAAACUGAUACAC